AUGAUUAAGGCAUCUGCGUUGACAUACAAAACCAACGGGGAUCCCAAAAAAGUAUGUUGUUGUAGACUUUACACAGUUUAAAGUAGUUUUUAAGAGCUUUAAAUUUUAAAAAUAGAAAGUAUUACGAUAAUAUUAUUAUUUGAACAAAAUAGAACUAAUGGCAAAUGACGAAAAGUUAAGGAAAUAAGGUUUUAGGUAUUACAAUUAGAACAGAUUGAAGUAGAUACUACAUUAGGACCGAGUUCAGUUCUGGUGAAAUGGCUUUUGUCACCAAUCAACCCAUUGGAUAUCAACAAGAUCGAGGGCACUUAUCCAUCAAAGUUUACGAACAUUGGAGGGUCUGAAGGAGUGGGAAGGGUUGUUAAGGUAUGCUAUGUUAGCUUAUGUUCUUGAUGUUGUGCUCUUUAUUAUUUGAAAGUUUGUUUUAUUUUUUAAAAACUUGUAGGUAGGAUCAGAAGUUAGAAAGUUGAAAGCAGAUGAUCGUGUCUUUAGUGGUGCACCGUUUGCAACACCAUGGAUCGAAUACAGUGUAGUUGAUCAAUCUUCGUUAUUCAAACUUCAACCAGACGUAGACGAGGUAUCAGCAGCUUCUUUGAUGAUAAAUCCUCCUACGGCGUAUAUCAUGUUAAAAGAGUACGAACAUCUCGAGAAUGGAGAUUAUGUUAUCCAGAAUUCUGCUAAUUCUGCUGUUGGUCGUUGUGUCAUCCAACUGGCUAAAGGUAACAAAAUGCGAACUUUAUUAUAAACUACAAUAAUAUGUUUAGCUUUUGGGUACAAAUCGAUUAAUUUGGUAAGAGAUCGACCAGAUAUUGAGGAUCUGAAGAAUGAACUCAAGGCUUUGGGUGCUGAUUUUGUGUUUACGGAAGAAGAAUUUAAAUCGACUGGUCGGCAGUUUGUGAAGACUCUGGACAGACCUAUUAGAUUGGCGUGUAAUGGAGUUGGCGGCCGAAGUGCAUUGGCUAUAUCAGCAUCUCUCACAUAUGGUGCUACUUGUGUCACUUAUGGUGAGAUAAACUAAAUUACUGUACUUUUUGUUCUAACUGUCAUAGUGACUAUAAUGAAAUAGUAUCUAUUUUUGAUGAUAACUAAUUUCUUUUAGGUGGAAUGAGUAAGAAGCCAUCUGAAUUCUCGACCGCUUCACUGGUCUUCAACGACCUGAGAGUUGUUGGAGUUGCUGUCACAAACUUCAUUGCCAAUGCGUGGUCCGAAAAGGUUGAUCGAAUGUUUAAAGAGCUGCAAGUAAGUUACUAUUGCAUUUUUAGUACUGUCAAACGUUCGAAAAGCAAUUUGUAAAGAAACUUUAAAAUUAAUUUUAAAAAAAUCAAAAGUCGAUUUACAAAAAGCUAGGUCGUUUUUUCUAAUUGUAAGUCAAUUUGUAAUGAAAUCAAAAGUUAAUUUGUUAAAAGUCAAAUUGAAAAAAUGAAAUUGAUUGCAGGACUUGAUCGCGGCAGGUAAAUUGAAGCCGCCUCCGGUCAAGAUUCACCGUCUGGAGGAGUAUGAAGCUGCCAUCAGGGAUCAUCUAGAUAGAUGGGCGGAAGGGGAAGCAAAUGCUUAG